CGCCCCACACAAAGCCCGCCCAAGGCUGAAGCCCAUCUCAGGGGCAGUUCUCAGCCUAGCAGCCCUGCCUGAAGAACACUUCCGGGCUCCCUGCAUCCCUGAUAGACAGUGCAAGUUACCACUUCCAGGCUGAGUAAGGACAAAAUGACAGGUCUUUGCUGCACAGAUUUGUAUUUUAAAGAUUUAUUUUAUUUUUAAAUAUUUUGGGCAAUUCCCUGAGAAUUUCGCACAAUGUGUUUUGACCAAACUUCUGUAUAUUUUGCAUUCCCUUAUAGUUGCUUCAAGUCCCUAUUAAAUAUUUGCAAAUUGUAAGUUUCACUUCUGGCCUUGUGAUAAGCAACUGGCAUGUCAACAUAAUUUCCACUUUGUUCUGGAAAGGAUACUCAGAUGAAUACAGAACCUUUUUUUUUUUUUUUUUAAAUACAGAAUCUUAUAUUGACAUUCUUUUUUUCUGAAUUUAAAAAUGUAACUUUUGGGCACACACACACCGGCAGAGAGCUGGGCGGUGGUGGCACCACGGGAGGCCUUUCCGUUCCAGCGGCUGCAAACGACGACGCUGAGGCGACAUGGAAGUGUAAGCGGAAGGAUGCGAACGCAGCACUGCUCAGUAACUACGAGGUGUACCAGUUACUGACAGACCUCAAAGGGCAGCGGAAGGAGAGCGGGAAGAACAAGCACAGCGCUGGGCAGCAGAACUUGAACACCAUCACCUACGAGACAUUAAAAUACAUAUCAAAAACACCAUGCAGGAACCAGAGUCCCGAGAUUGUUCAAGAAUUCCUCACAGCAAUGAAAAGCCACAAGCUGACCAAAGCUGAGAAGCUUCAGCUGCUGAACCACAGGCCAAUGACUGCUGUCGAGAUCCAGCUGAUGGUAGAAGAGAGUGAAGAGCGGCUCACGGAGGAGCAGAUCGAAGCCCUUCUGCUUACUGUCACCAGCAUUCUGCCUGCAGGCCCAGAGGAUGAGCAGAGGAAAAGCACUAGCAAUGAUGUGGCCAUGGAAGAGGAAGACCCGGCAUAGAUGUGCACAGCUGGCCAGGAUGUUCGCGAAGUUCGAAACCCAACAGCCAUUUCCUGGAUGUUCAGAGGAUUGUGUGUUUGGUUUUACCCCCUCUCUCAAUAUGCCUGAUCUCAGGGUGGGUUGGGAAAAUCACAAAACUAAGAUAAAAAGAAAAAAAAAAAAUGU